GUUUAGGACGCGGUGUGGUUAUGUCCACACUUUCAACAAUAUACACAGAAACUCCGACGUCUCAAGCUUUCCUGGCGAGACCGUUUCCUUAAAGAAGUGUCCUAAACAAGAUGGCGGCCGCAGGAGGGAGCAAUGCUGCCCAUCAGCGCAUGCGCGGACAGGAGUUCCUGGUAUGCGGGAUCUGUCUGGACCACUUCACCCUGCCGAAAAUCCUGCCAUGCGCACACACCUUCUGUCAGGCCUGUCUUGAGACGUACGCUGGUAGAAGAAGGUUCAUUUACUGUCCGAACUGCCGGAGAGUGGCCGAACUGGACUCCACGUCCGGCGUGCGGGGGCUGCCGGGAAAUUUCUGGGUCACCAACCUACGUGACGUCAUAGCAGAACGAGAUAGCGAGAACCCGGAUGUCAAAGGCCGUCUCCAAGGCAACCGGUGCAAGCUCCACCCAGGCGAGCAGUGCCGCCAUUUUUGUCAGGACUGUCACGUGCCCGUGUGUGGGGAGUGUCUCUUCUCGGAGCACAACGGGCAUGCGCUGGAACGGCUGGAGAGGGUGCUAAGCGAGGUGCGACAGGAGUUGAGGAAAUGUUUGGAGAUUGCCCAACAGAUUGCAGGGGAACUGAAGAUGGUUCUACAUGAGUUCGAGUCCCGACGGGAGGGAAAGAACAAGAUAGAACAGCCAGAGACCCCGGAUGAGGAAGCGGAAACGGAGAGACAGAGAAUCGACUGGGCGGACGCCAUGUUGAAUCGGCUGUUAAAAGCAUUCAAGUUUUCACGUCGAGCGGCUGAGCUGUACGACUACGGCGGACUGCAGCGGUGUAAAAAGCUACUAGCUGACCUCAUCAACCAGACGAACGACAUCAUGGUAACGGAACGCGCCAAAGUGAGAGAGAUUUCCGCCAUUUUGUACGGGUCCGAACAACCCAAGACUACUGCGCCUGCGCGGGAUGAAACCGAGGACAGGAGCAACGGCAACUUGGCCAGGACGACGCAUGCGCAACUUCUUCGAGGAGGGGUCGGAGAGGUCAAGUUCUAUCACCCGUUCAGUGUUGUUGUGUCGAAGAACGGGGAUACAUACGUGCUCGAUAUGUACCGAUGCGGACGCGUGCAUGUCUUCGGGCCGGGGCGCAAUCUGCUCCGAAGGUUCGAGCUGGAUCUGAACGGUCACGCGGCAACCAGAGUGACGGGUGGGAUCACUCUGUUUAAGAGCUCUACUCUCUGCUGGGUCGGGACUGCCUACAUGCCGAGUAACGUCGACACGCUUCUACAGCGCUGCUCAUCGCUAUCACAGAACUUUUUCAUAGAGUUCGAUCACCAAGGAAACAUAAAAAAGAACGUGAGCAUCACCCUCGCAGGCGAGAUCGCCGACGCGGCGUUGCUAAGGCACGGCACGGUUGCCAUAGCGAUCAGUUCGAACGUCCACGUCCUUGACGACCAGGCCCAGGAGAUCUUCCACUUCCGCGCGAGUGAUUUUUCUCCCGUGGAGAAAAUGUGCAUCAACGAACAAAAUGGCGACAUUCUGGUCUCGCUGUGGCCCGAAAACGUCAUCAAGGUGUUCGACUUGCGCGGGAAACUGAAACUGCAGUUCGGUUGCUAUGGUAACGCAGACGGCCAGCUCGACCAACCGAAGGGCCUCUGCGUGGACCCGGAAGGGAGGAUCCUGGUGGCAGACUCCGGAAACAAACGCGUGGCAUUGUUUGACGGAAGUGGAGUUUUUCUAAAGAAUGUGGCGACGGAAGGUGACGGACUUAAGGAACCCCAUGCCUUGUACGCUUCUCGGGACGGCAAGGUAGUGGUGACGGAUAUAGGUACCCACUCGGUACACGUCAUGGAGUAUUAGCAAGGCGAUGUCGUAUAUAGGUACCCACUCCGUACUCAACACGCGUUAUGAAGUAUCAGCAAGGUAGUGAUGACGUACAUAGGUACCCACUAGGUACACGUCAUCGAGUAUUAGUAAGGGGGUGACGGAUAUAGGUAACCAAUCAGUACUCAGUACACGCCAUCGAGUAUUAACAAUGUAGCGGUGACGGAUAUAGGUACCCCCUCGGUACACGUCAUCGACUAUUAGCAAGGGG